UCGAUCUUUGCGACUGAUAAACACUCUUCUCCAUACUGAACUCAAGUGACACUCAUGGCGGACGUAGCGUAUGUGCAGCUUUCAGGGGCGUCUUCCAGGGCGACGGUGGGGCUGUACGCCGGUAUGUCGCCUCUCGAACUUCAGCAGCUCGUGCGCGCAGCUUUAAACCAUCACGACGGCGUCUGCGCCGGUUUCCAAGUAGCGUCAACGGCCUCCAACUCGCGGAAGAAACGCCAGUCCAGCUCAAUCCAGCGUCUUGUACCCCUCUCCGUGGCCUGUAGAGCGCCAGAGCUACUCUCAGGACGCGUUUCCGCGCUAUUUUCGCCUUCUACAGCCUCCCAGGGCGCUCUGAACCCUCAGAAUGAGGCAUCAGAGGCUUCUAGCGAACUGAAAAGACUGCAGAGACUGCUACAGGCGCUGGAAAGCGAGCAGAAGCUCAGCAGCUUCGAAUCUGCGGUCCUCAGAGACCUCUGUGAGCAGCAGAGCGCUCGUGUGCUCGCUGUGAUGACUGGAGACGCGUCGGUCGGCCAGAAGAAGCGCUUUUUACUGAAUUUGCUGCGUCCCGAGAGCUCUAGUGGACUAAAAAACGAGCUACAGAUCCCUCAAAGGAUGAACAAAGGCGAAGAAACGCUCCAUGCCGAAUUGGUGGCUAAGAAAGUCGCUGCUAUUGGCAGAAGAGUCUUCAGUCCUCAAGUUCAGAUGCAGGUUUUGGCUCUAAGUCGUGAUGGCUGGAAGAUAACAGGCAGCAAGAGUGACAGCCGCUUCGUAGACACCAUGGAGUUGCUGGGUAUGGUGGAGAGACUGCUGGACAAGCACGUGCUGCCUGAAGAGCACGGUGCGCACCUGUUGGAGCUGGUUCUGGGCCAGAAUACGCUGCUGUGGAGUGCUCUGCAGAGCUACAAGAACGACGGAGGCAGCUUAUCGGACUUGGAGACGACAGCCAAGCGCCUAGCAGCUCUGGGAAUUGACCCACCGAAGCCUAUAGCGAGUAAGAAGAGCAAGAAGAGUCCCAAGAAGCUCAACAAGCAGAGUCCAGCCAAGAAGAGAGUGAGGAACACCGCUACACCCUCAGCAUUGUCAGUGAUGAAGUUGCUACAUGCCCAGCAGAUGCUCACCAGCUUGGAGAUGGAUAUUAUCCAAGCGCUGGUGGCUCAGAACGACACGCAGGUGCUCCAGAUUUUUUGUGACUUUGAACUGGGUGAUAGCGAUGCCUCUGUGCUGCGAGACGCUUUGGUGGGGAUCGUGGAGGAGAUCACGAUAGAACUUGGAGACGAGGAGAAGGCUGCUGCUGCUUUUGCGCGUGGAAUGGACGACGCUGUGCGAGAGGAGAAUCCGUUCAUUGACAGCGACGACGACAGCGACUCGCUGGGAUGGCAGAGACAUUUGAGCUUUUUGCUUGGACAAUGGCAAGCGCAGCAUCAUCUGACACCGACUGCGGCGAAGACUCUGCGGAAAAUGGUGGCGCAGCGUCACAAUUUGUUGGAGAGCGCGUACGAAGUGUUCGCAGGUGAUGGUGACGCUAGCGAGCUGUUGGAUACUCUGCAGCGUGUGGCCAAGUUGCAGCGACAGAUUGAACAAAGCCAAGCAGGGCAGAAUAUCCAGACUGGAGCAUCUACGAGCAGUGUUAGUCUGGAGGAGGUGGUGCGUCAGAUGCUGCAGCGUGGGACGAUCCAAGCUGGUGAUGCUGCUGGGCUGUUGGUGUUGUUCCAAGGUGGGAAUGAGGCUUUACAGGCUGCCAAUGAAGCAUUCCAAGCGGAUGGAGAUGUCCAUGAAUUGGAGGAGACGCUGCUGCUUGUGGUGAAGCACGCACGUUUUGGAAGUGACGCUGAAGAGGAGACUGUCGACGAGAUCCAGACUGUGUCUCGUCUUCUGGCAGAGCUCGGACGUAGUGGGCGUCUGGAACUGUGGCAGAUCCAGUUGCUGAUGUCUCUGGUGAAGGCUCAUGAUCCCCGUUUACUGGCCGCAGUGGAUGUGUUCCACGAAGACAAGAAUACUGAAGAGUUUGUGGACACACUGGAGAUCUUGGUCGAGUUAGCAGCAUGGGAGCGUCAUCGUCGUGCUAUGGUGCACGACUGGAUCGCUCCAUUGGCAAAGAAGAACAAGCUGCCACGUGGUGGAGCUGAGCGACUGGUGCAGCUUGUGAAGGCUCGUGAUGACCGUGUGGUAGCAGCUUUAGUGGUGUUUCUGAGCGACAAUAACAAGGACGAGUUUGUGGAUACGCUGACUCGGAUUGCGUGUCUUGAAGCGAUGAAGCUGAAGAAUGUGCAGGCAGAUGAGUCGAAGGAAGGCCAUUUGGUCCUGGAUUUAUUGAAGGAGCUGGAAGGGAAGGGCGUCAUGUCUGGGGAGGAACGUGAACAGGUGGAAGAGCUCGUGUGCGAUGGCGAGGCGAGGAUGUUGGCGGCUAUGGAUGUGUUGGCAGCAACGCAUGAUGCAGAGGACUUUGCAGAUACUGCGCGCCGUGUCUUGAAGAAGACGAAAGAGCGAACUGAAGAGAAGAAGGAUGAAGACAAGGAAUGCGUAAAAGCAGAGUCAUCUACAGAUGCAGUCGCUUUGGACGAACAGAAGAGUGAAGUGUCUCCAGAAAACGCUACAGAGGAUGUGGAAUUGAGCGCCCAGAUGUCGGAGAAGAGCGCUGAGCAGUCUGUUGCUGAGGGUGAAGAUCAAGCCAAGGAGACAACGGAGGGGCUGGAAAAGCCGCCAACUUCUGACAACACAGAGGAAGUAAGUGAGAAGGAAGAGCAGGUGGACAAGGAUGAAGAAAUUGAUAAAACGAACGGCGAGGAGGCCACCAAAAAGGUACGAAUCGAGGAAGAGGCAAAAGGUGAUGUAGAUAAGCAGACUGAGGACCAGGAAGAGCAGUAUUAACUCCCGUUUAAGCGUCACAAAUUGAAGAAUGCUGUUCCAUGCAUUAGUUAAAAAGUUUCUAAUAAACAAUUUUUUAAUGGAUCUAAAUGAGGAACAGCAA